CUUGCGGGGGCCGUGGGGGAGCCGCGGGGGCCCCGGCGCGGCGCUCGCCCUCCUGCGCGCCCUCCGCACUAGGAUGUUGCGGCAGGUCUUGCACAGGGGGCUGGGGACGUCCUUCUCCCGGCUCGGCCACUUCGUCGCCAGCCACCCGGUGUUCUUCGCCUCGGCGCCCGUGCUCAUCUCCAUCCUGCUGGGCGCCAGCUUCAGCCGCUACCAGGUGGAGGAGAGCGUGGAGCACCUCCUGGCCCCCACGCACAGCCUGGCCAAGAUCGAGAGGAACCUGGUGGACAGCCUCUUCCCGGUGAACCGCUCCAAGCACCGGCUCUACUCCGACCUGCAGACGCCGGGGAGGUACGGCAGGGUGAUCAUCACCUCCUUCCGCAAGGCCAACAUGCUGGACCAGCACCACACCGAUCUCAUCCUCAAGUUGCACUCUGCUGUGACCAGGAUCCAAGUGCAAAGACCUGGUUUCAAUUACACGUUUGCCCAUAUAUGUAUCCUGAACAAUGACAAGACAUGCAUAGUGGACGACAUAGUGCAUGUGCUGGAGGAAUUAAAGGCUGCUCGUUCUUCUAAUCGAACUAAUUUUGCAAUCACUUAUCCGAUUACUCACUUAAAGGAUGGCAGGGAAGUGUAUAACGGGCAUCAGCUUGGUGGGGUUACUGUGCACAGCAAAGACCGGGUGAAGUCUGCAGAAGCCAUUCAGCUCACCUACUACUUGCAGGCAAUCAACUCCUUGAAUGACAUGGUGGCAGAAAAGUGGGAAUCCAUUUUUUGUGACACUGUUGAACUUUUCCAGAAAUCCAACAGGAAAGUCAAAAUGUACCCUUUCACUUCUUCUUCGCUGAAGGAGGAUUUCCAGAAGACGAGCAGGGUGUCAGAACGCUACCUGAUCACAAGCUUGGUCCUUGUGGUCACCUUGGCCAUUCUCUGCUGCUCCAUGCAGGAUUGUGUCCGCAGCAAACCCUGGCUUGGCCUGCUGGGAUUGCUGACCGUGACCCUUGCCACCCUGACUGCAGCUGGGAUCAUCAAUCUCACUGGUGGGAAAUACAAUUCCACCUUCCUGGGGAUCCCCUUCGUCAUGUUAGGUCAUGGGUUAUAUGGGACAUUUGAAAUGUUGUCCUCCUGGAGAAAAACUAGAGAAGACCAACAUGUUAAAGAGAGGACUGCAGCCGUAUUUGCAGAUUCCAUGCUCUCGUUUUCUCUCACCACUGCCAUGUACCUGGUCACUUUUGGAAUAGGUGCCAGUCCCUUCACUAACAUUGAAGCAGCCAGGAUUUUCUGCUGCAAUUCUUGUAUUGCAAUUUUCUUCAACUACCUCUAUGUACUCUCCUUUUAUGGUUCCAGCUUGGUGUUUACUGGCUACAUAGAAAACAACUACCAGCAUAGUAUCUUCUGUAGAAAGGUACCAAAGCCAGAGGUAUUGCAAGAGAAGCCUGCAUGGUAUAGGUUUCUUCUGACAGCCAGAUUCAGCGAGGACACGACAGAUUCAGAGGAAACGAACACCUACGAGAGUCAUCUUUUGGUGUGGUUCCUUAAACGUUAUUAUUGUGACUGGAUAACAAACACUUAUGUCAAGCCUUUUGUAGUUCUCUUUUACCUUGUUUAUAUUUCCUUUGCCUUAAUGGGCUACCUGCAGGUCAGUGAAGGGUCAGACCUGAGCAACAUCGUAGCGACCGCCACACGGACCAUUGAGUAUACUACUGCCCAGCAGAAGUAUUUCAGUAACUACAGCCCGGUGAUUGGGUUCUACAUCUAUGAGUCGAUAGAGUACUGGAACACCAGUGUCCAGGAGGACGUGCUGGAGUAUACCAAGGGCUUUGUGAGGAUAUCUUGGUUUGAGAGCUACUUAAAUUACCUUAGGAAACUCAACAUAUCUACCGGCUUGCCCAAGAAAAAUUUCACUGAUAUGUUGAGGAACUCCUUCUUGAAGGCCCCUCAGUUUGCCCAUUUUUCAGAGGAUAUCAUCUUUUCCAAGAAAUACAAUAACGAAGUUGAUGUUGUGGCCUCCAGGAUGUUCUUGGUGGCCAAGACAAUGGAAACCAAGAGGGAAGAACUUUACGACCUCCUGGAGACCCUGAGGAAGCUCUCUCUCACCUCCAAGGUGAAAUUCAUCGUUUUCAAUCCAUCAUUUGUGUACAUGGACCGUUAUGCCUCUUCAGUGGGAGCCCCCUUACAAAACUCCUGCAUUAGUGCUUUAUUUCUGCUCUUCUUCUCUGCAUUCCUGGUGGCAGACUCUCUGAUCAAUGUCUGGCUCACUCUAACUGUUGCCUCGGUUGAGUUUGGAGUUAUAGGUUUUAUGACCUUGUGGAAAGUGGAACUAGAUUGUAUUUCUGUGUUGUGCUUAAUUUACGGAAUUAAUUACACAAUUGACAACUGUGCUCCACUGUUAUCAACCUUUGUCCUGGGCAAAGAGUUCACAAGAACUAAAUGGGUGAAAAAUGCCCUGGAAGUGCAUGGGGUAGCUAUUUUGCAGAGCUACCUCUGCUAUAUUGUUGGUCUGAUUCCUCUUGCAGCUGUGCCUUCAAAUCUGACCCGUACACUGUUCAGGUGCUUGUUUUUAAUAGCAUUAGUCACCUUCUUUCACUGCUUUGCCAUUUUACCUGUGAUAUUGACUUUCCUGCCACCGUCCAAGAAGAAGAGGAAAGAGAAGAAGAAUCCUGAAAACCGUGACGAAAUAGAGUGUGUCGAAAUGGUGGAUAUGGAUAGCACCCGAGUGGUUGACCAAAUUACAACAGUCUAACUUGUUUGUUUGUUGCUUUUUUACACUAGGUCUUACUUAGAAAAACAAAAAAGAAAAAAAAAAAAAAAAAGAAACCAGUGCUGACCCAGUAUCUGGGGAGAGAAAGAGGUUUGGAGGUUUCUCCUCCCCUCUCUAAGCUAAAUCCAGGAAUAUUCAAAACAAUGGGAGAAAUUAAAACAAAAAAAAAAGAGCGGGGGGAUUGUACCUUGAUCAGCUCCUAUAACAGGUAUUACAAGAGAAUUUGCACACCCAUGCAAUGAGGGGUUGAGUUUCAGAACAUGAAGUAAGACCUAAUGAGAGAGGUUGGGUUCCUAAGCAGUCUUCUGCAUUGCCUGUACUGCAGAUACUGCAAUUAUUGUUGCUAAACCCCAUCAGAUUGAAAGGUCAACUGUCAAGGCUGAAGUAGCACUAAGUGUUCGCUGGAUGUAAAGGCUUUACAAACUUUCUGCACAGCAAUAACUCAAGUCAGUGAGUCAGCUCUUAUAGGUCUUAGCCAUCACAUUUAAUUUUUCUUUCCUCCCCUAAUCUAAACAUUUAUGCAAGACUGUAUAACAGAUAGCAAACUGUACUGGAAAAAAAAAGCAGUACACAGCAACCAAACAAUUUCCAAACCCUUUUGUGUUAUAAAUCUUCUUUUUUUCCUAAAAAUAUCCUUAUUUUAAAAUGUAAAUCAUCCCAUGUAACAUUUUUAAUCAUGGUUUUAUAGCUGUUUCUGUUUCUUAUAAAAACAAAAAAGAAAAAAAAAAUCCCAGUGACUCUGUCACUCUAGAAAAUAUAUAAUUCUAUUUUAUAAAUGUCUCGCUACUAGGUAAACACAUAACCUGCUUUACCAACUGUAAUUUUGUUAGCACUCUACUAACACGUGCAAGUGGAUCUAGCAGCGGACAGAAGACGGUGUACUGAAUAUUUCAGCACCAAAACACAUGACACAAACCUCACGUAUUAAUAUAUCAUCAAGAAAGUGAAUGUUAGGGCUCUUUUACUGAGAGCCUAUUUCAGGCCAUUCACUGGUAAUGCAUACUAAGAGGAUUAGUGGGUAGUUUUACGUAAUGUAUAACUUAAUCCCUCGAUCUUCCUAGAGUACUGGUAAAGCAAUAGACCUUACAGCUAUGGGCUCUUCCAAGAGAUGUAUACCAUGAGAGUUGUACAUAACAAACUGAAGGCUGGGACUGCAGUUUAGCAGUAGCAAGUUUAACAAUGUCCCCAGAGAGCCCAUAUCAAAGGGGCCUAUUGGAAACAUCACAUCUGAGAGGAAAGAGAAAGAAAAGAAAGAAAGAAAGAAAGAAAGAAAGAAAGAAAGAAAGAAAGAAAGAAAGAAAGAAAGAAAGAAAGAAAGAAAGAAAAAGAAAGAAAGAGGGAGAGAGAGAGACGAAGGAAGGAAGGAAGGAAGGAAGGAAGGAAGGAAGGAAGGAAGAAAAAGAAAGAAAAAGAAAGAAAGAAAGAAAGAAAGAAAGAAAGAAAGAAAGAAAAAGAGAAAGAAAGAGAAAGAAAGAAAGAGAGGGAGAGAAAGAGAGAGAGGAAGGAAGGAAGGAAGGAAGGAAGGAAGGAAGGAAGAAAAAGAAAGAAAAAGAAAGAAAGAGAAAAAGAAAGAAAGAGGGAGAGAAAGAGAGAGGAAGGAAGGAAGGAAGGAAGGAAAGAAGGAAGAAAAAAAGAAAGAAAAAGAAAAAGAAAGAGAAAGAAAGAAAGAAAAAGAAAGAAAGAAAGA